GGGAGGGGCGGUGUCUCAAACGGAAGGUGGUGGUUGUCCGAGUCCGAGCUGGUUUGAAAGUGGGGGGUCGGGCCCGGCCGUCGUCGUCUGUCGCCGCGGGCCCGCUUCCGGGCGAGGCCGUCCCUGCCCGCGCCCGCACCGCCGCCCUCCGGCGCCCACCGUCCCCCCUGACUUGCGCCCCGGCCGCCGCCCCUGCCCGCAGCGCGGCCCCGCCGCCACCAUGUCCCUCCACGGCAAACGGAAGGAGAUCUACAAGUAUGAAGCCCCCUGGACCGUCUACGCCAUGAACUGGAGCGUGCGGCCCGACAAGCGCUUUCGCCUGGCGCUGGGCAGCUUCGUGGAGGAGUACAACAACAAGGUCCAGCUUGUUGGUCUCGAUGAAGAGAGCUCAGAGUUUAUUUGCCGAAACACCUUUGACCACCCGUACCCGACCACGAAGCUCAUGUGGAUCCCCGACACGAAGGGCGUCUAUCCAGACCUGCUGGCCACCAGUGGCGACUAUUUGCGGGUGUGGAGGGUUGGUGAGACGGAGACCAGGCUGGAAUGUCUGCUGAACAAUAACAAGAACUCAGAUUUCUGUGCCCCCCUGACAUCCUUUGACUGGAAUGAGGUGGAUCCUUAUCUCCUAGGCACCUCCAGCAUCGAUACGACUUGUACCAUCUGGGGGCUGGAGACGGGGCAGGUGUUGGGACGAGUGAAUCUUGUGUCUGGUCACGUGAAAACCCAGUUGAUUGCCCAUGACAAAGAGGUCUAUGACAUUGCGUUUAGCCGGGCUGGGGGAGGCAGGGACAUGUUCGCCUCGGUGGGCGCUGAUGGCUCGGUGCGGAUGUUUGACCUCCGCCACCUGGAACACAGCACCAUCAUCUACGAAGACCCCCAGCAUCACCCUCUGCUUCGCCUCUGCUGGAACAAGCAGGACCCCAACUACCUGGCCACCAUGGCCAUGGACGGAAUGGAGGUCGUGAUUCUGGAUGUCCGAGUUCCCUGCACGCCUGUGGCUCGAUUAAACAACCACCGGGCCUGCGUCAAUGGCAUUGCUUGGGCCCCGCAUUCAUCCUGCCACAUCUGUACCGCAGCGGAUGACCAUCAGGCGCUCAUCUGGGACAUCCAGCAAAUGCCCCGGGCCAUCGAGGACCCGAUCCUGGCCUACACGGCCGAAGGCGAGAUCAACAAUGUGCAGUGGGCGUCCACGCAGCCCGACUGGAUCGCCAUCUGCUACAACAACUGCCUGGAGAUUCUCCGAGUGUAGUGCUGGUGGCGCCGUGCCCGUGAGGCAGGGGCUUGUGUGUCUUCUGCCCCUGCCCCACCCCCCAAGUAAGAAGAAACGUGUUUCCGGUGGCCAGUAUGUCUCUCAUUGCUCUGCACCCGCUGUCACCAGAAGCUGCUGUCGAAGCUCCCAGCCAGCCCCGUGCCAGGCUCCGGGCUGUGUGGCGCCUCCUCGGCCCAGGGCUGAGGGUUAAGAUUGUUGUUGUUUCUCUCGCUUUUCCUCUUCCCUCGCGGGCCCUCAGUUCUCCAGUUUCUGUGUGUUUGUCUGUCAGCGGUUGUGUUCCUGAGCAUCCCACGCACUGGCGGUGUUUGUACCUCCGGCCCUCUGCUGCCCGAGGCAGCCCUCUUUCCUCUCCCGGCCCCUGUGAGCACUUACGUGGGAACAAGCGCUAAUUUGCAGUUGUCUUUUCUCCUAUUAUUAGUGUCUUGAACAAAUUUCGACUUUGUAUAUUUUUUACCUAUCAGGCUAAUUUUUUAAUGAAAAGAACUUUCCUCCUGCUGGUUUAUUCUUCCUUGGUUUCGUCUUCCCCGGCAGCUCCUCCCUCCCCUCGUCCCUCGGGGCCGGAAGCUGGCGCCGGGCCCUCGAUCCCCAGAGCACUUUGCCUGCUUGAAUCACUGCCUGAGCAGAACCUCCCCGACCAGGAGUCCCAAGCCGCCUCGGUGCUCGGGAGUCGGCGCGCCCUCCCCCCUGUCCUCAUCCUGGCUCUUCUCAAAGGCCCGCUGGGCUCCCAAACAGCCAAGAGUGACACCAUCCGUUGCUCCCAGAGAUACCUCGGUCCCGCCCCUUUGAGGCUGAGUGGGGAUGUGCCCGCCCGAGGGGAACCGGCAUCGUUCAGUACAUGGCUUCAGUCUGUUUCCCCCCAGCCAGUCUGCCCGACCCGUCCCAUUUCAUGUUCUAAAUGAUGGGCAAGAAGUAUCUGUCAGCUGGAUUUCGGUAUUUCUCCCGGUUCCCUGUGCCGUGACCGGGCCUCUGGAGGGCGUGCCCUGAGGUGUGGGCGUCCUGUGUGGGAAGCACUGUCUGUACGUCUCAUCCGAAACACAGUCUUCAGAGUGUGGGGGGCAGCUGGGGAUGGAGCUCAGCCAGCAGUAGAGCGUGGACCCUGUAUGUGUGAGGUUCUGGGUUCGAGUCCAGGCACCACACAUACAGAGGUGUGGGAGACUUGUAAGGGAAGGACCUUAGUAACUUAGAGACCUAGAGUCAGAGACUUGGAGUCAGCCAGUUAAGGGCCCUGUCCCAGCCUCUGCCCGCCGUGCCCCGGCUUUGGGAUUGAGCAGUAUUGGCCUUGACGGCUGUGUGGUCUGUUUCCGUUACCUGGUGAGUUCCAUGAAGGGACUUGUGUGUGACUCUGCUAUUGGGUGAGUCCGUAGGGGAGGGUGGGACGUGCCCAGCGUUUGGAGAGCGGUUCUUGGCCUUGCCUGGUGUGCCCGCUUCGUUGUGCGGGAAGGUCCCUGCAGCCUCAGCGCAGCCACAGGCUGCUCGGUGGGCCUGUCCACUUAGGCCUGCCUUGCUCUUGAGAAUCAACUCGGUUUGUUUUGUUUCCCUGGGCCCUUGAACUUGGGGUUCAGCUUUCCUUUUCAGACAGAACCCUGUCCCCAAAGCCCUCUGCUUUACUUCCCAGUGGCUACUCCCGAGGGAAAGACGCUUUGUUGGUUGUGGUGUUUCCCCUGCUGCCUCGUGGAGGACUCCGUGGCCAUCACCCCUCCCCCCAUUCACACGGUGUCAUUUGGAUCUCCAGAUUCUGCCUCUGCUUUCAGUUGUGUGUGACGUUUCAGGGUCCUUCUCUGAAGGCGAGUCCCGGCCCGUGGCUGCUGGCUCCAUCCAGGAGUCCCACCAUCCCUUCCCGUGGACAGGUGAAGGUCAGACUGGGCCAGAGCAUUCCCCGCCGAGUUUUGAGUCCAGAGUCUCUCCCGUGUCUGUUCUUUCCUCAGCUCUGAGCAGUGAGGAAGCUUGUCAGCUGGGACUUGAAAGUAGUCUGGGGGCGGUUCGGUCGUAAUUGGCUGUAUUUAGGGAAAGUUUCUGCAACUCUGGACCAACAACAUUUGCUUCUGAUGCUCCACGGCCUCCCCCGGGGCCCUGUGGUCUGGCCCUGAGCUCCCAUCUGAGGCGCAGGUGAGACUCGCCUCCCCACACCUCAGGAAACCCCACAGCCGGCCACAUACCAAGCAGUAGAGAUUUGCUGUCAUUUAAAAAAGCAAGGACCGACAUAACUUACCUGCAUUCUUAUGUUGCCACCCAGAGAAGGAGAGAGAGAGAGAGGGGGAGAGAGACAGAGGGAGGACCCUGGAUCAACUCUCCCUGAGGAAGAGCAGCUGGCGGCCCUCGUGCUCAGCCCCCGUCACCUCUGAGCCGGUGCUCCCUUGUUCAUCGGGUGGCCUGGCCUCAGUCCACCAGCAGAGAGCUCUGAAUGGUCACAGGAACCCCUAGGGCCGCAGUACUCACACCUGGGAGAAUGGACAGUGCCCUUCCAGGGAGGACCUGGGCCUCGAGGUUAGGGCUGGAAGAGGGAAAGUAAUUGCUGAGCCGGUUAAAGUUAGAGAAGAACACUCCCCCCCACCCCCAACCCACCCCCAGAAAUUGAGACUCCUACGAGGUUUGGGAGAUACUUGUGGCUGAAAGGUUAGGAGAGUUAGGGCGCAGUUUCCUUAGACGAAAGGAGGAGAUUGAGGACCGGAGGCUGAGGCGGGGCAGCGUUUGCGGGACAGUCUCGUGUGGCGGGGAUGGGCUUAUCUGGCCUCGGCCUGGACCGGCCUUUGCUGAGCCCUCACGGAGAGCCGGUGGGAAGAGGGGGACGGUCAGGGCCGAGCGAGCCUUGUAGCCACAGGCGGUGAUUGGGGUGGAAAGCGACACUUUGCAGAGGUGACGGGAGGCCUGAGGCCGGUUCAGAUCGUGGCUUGCUCGGGCUGCAGGUUCAACCGCAGAAAGCAAGAUUAGAAGCAGCCACGCGGACUGGGAUUGAGCCCGUGUAUUCCGUGCAGGAAACCGUGCUCUGGCAUGGAGCUCUUGCACCAGCUUCCCGUCUUCUCUCUUCUUGGCCCUCUGAGCUCCCUCUCCACCGUAGGACUUUCCCCCAGCUGCCCCUCGCCUUGACUUCCUGACCUUGACACCUAGCCACAGAACUCUCUCCCAGCUCACCUGGCCUUGACUUCCUGGUCUGCAGAGACCUGUAGGAGGUGCGGGGUCUUACCAAACACAGGCCGGCCAGUCCCUCCACCCUCCCCAUCCUCGUGGGACCGCCUGGCCCAGCUGAGAAGCCUCCGGGCCGACUCCUCCCUGCAUUUCAGCAGGAGGACGGAGGGUGAGACUGGCACUCUGAUGGGGAUUCUUCCUGGGAGGAACCAAGCGGAGUCAGGAGUCUCUUCUUUCGCCUGCUGAGUCUCCAGUGGCAGAGCCUGCCCCUCCACAGCCCCCCUCCCCUCCCCGCCUCCCCCACAGUUGUCAUUGCUGCUAACGGUCCACGUGAAACGAAUGGCCACACAGGAUGGACCAGGUGCGCUCAGGCUACUUUCUGGAUGUUAUUUUUUAAACAUGGAAACGUGCAGGUGCCUUCCCCAAGAGGCUCGGACUGGUGUAGCAAACCAGAAAUGGAUAAGCUAAUGCAAGUACGAACUCAGAAGAAAGAUGGUGGCAGUCUGUGUAACAGCUGGAAAACUGAUGAGCACCACCUUGGGGACAGCCCAGUGACAUGAACUUGGGAUAGCUACUAUCUUAAAGGAACGUUCUCACCUUGGGUUGACCGUGGCAUAUGGUACACAGUAUGUUAUGAAACUUGUUGCACUAAAGCUUUGACUUUAGUCAGUAUGGAUCAUUCUGCUUUGGUUCCUGUGUAUUUUAUGACCUUUUAUCAGUGACUUUUCAUCCCUCUCCUCUACCCUGAGUGUGAAUUUGUAGCAUGAUUGUACAAACCUUUAAGUAGAAAAUGGAGAUUUCUUGUCCUCUGAUAUGGUAAGCUCUAGCCAGUUUACUGUCUCCUUUAGCAUAGCGCAUCUGACCUUCCUUUCCUGUUACAUAUUUAAAUGUUUCUUCUAUACUGUAGGUCUUGUGGCAUCCCGUGGUCAGGUGGAGAGGCCGUGGCCCCUUGCAGAAGUGUACUGUAAUCAUUUUUGCUCUUUAAAGAUAAUGUUCACAGUAUUGCUAGGACACCGGGCGUGUCAUCAGACAUUGCCGCCGCGCAGUGAGACCACAGCAGUCGCUCUCCGUUGACGACAACUUGAGAGGCAUCUGAAAGUGGCCUGUUAGAUUGAUGACUUUGUUUCUCACUUCCUGAGUAUAUUUAACCUAAUUUUUCGCCCUUUCAUUCUGUUUCAGCCUCCUGUAUAAGAAGUACCGUAUUUUCUGCCCAUCAUACUUUGUAAUAAAAAUUAAACAUGUAUAGAUUGAA